GUAAAUGAGGGCGGGUUAAAACGAUCAGGCAUAAAAUCGAUUCUCUUUGAAAUCAGCAGAAAGUGCUCUACAUGACAAUGGCAGCCUACCAGUUUCCAGUGAUGCAGAUAGACGAGGUGGUGGAUUUUUUAAACUCAGACCUCCAGAUGAGACUGGUAGCUGGUUCAGUCAUAAAAGAUACAGAUUUCAAGCAGCCAGAUCCACAGAGAUGGAGACAGAUUUAUGAAGGGUUAUAUGAGAUGCUCACCACUGUGCCUUUUGAUAAUGUACUACAGCAACACAGAAUACAUAUCGGUGAGAAUGUCGACUACCCAGAGAUCUAUGAUGAUGUCACUCGGCUUUGUCUCUUUGCUUUAAGCAUGGGUAGAGUGUUGGCUGCAUGUGGAAUAACAGAUUUUGUUAUAAAGGACAUAGUAAAACCAACUACCAAACGUUUACUGAAGGUUGUAAGUGCUGUCCUGAACUUCUACAAAUUUCAAGUCAGUCGAUUAGAAGUGUUCAUGAACUUGAAGGAGGAUCUGGAAAGACAAAAUAUCCAUUUCACCCAGCUCAAGAAAAAUAAUGAUGAAAUGAGGAAGAAAAUAAACAGUAUAAAAGCUUCACAGGCAGAAAAUGAACCCCGUGUUCAGGAGUUGCAAAACAUUAUCCGAGAGUCCAAAAUGAAAAUGGGAGAGCACUACAAAGCCCAGGCUGCACUACAAAAGGACAUCUCUGAAGUGAAAGCAAGCAUUGCGGAGAAAAAAGCUACCAGUGACCAGUUGCGAGUUCAGAUAUUGGAAGAAAAGAGAAAAUGUGAGAAAAUAUCCCGCCAAAUAGUGCAUUCUCCCGAUCGUCUAAAGGAAGAUAAGAAACGUAUGGAAGGCCAGUUGUCUCAUCUAAAGACAAUGAAUACGGACAAAAGACAGCGGCUGUUAGAGCUGCACCAGCAAGAGGAUGUGUUAAAGAAGUUAGAUGAAGAAGCGGAGGUAGCCUUGAAAAUGAUGCAGGGCAUAGAGACGGAUGACAACAAAGAAAAAGAGUGUGCAGCAGAGAUAGCUAAGAUACAAAAUCAGAUGCAGACCAAUGAGGAUGCUGUACAAGCCCUGAGUACACAGGAGCAAGAGAUGGACAUGCUGAUAGCCAGCAAACAGGAGAAGAUUGCUAAACUCUCCUUCCAACACCAGCACAAGAUGGCAGCAGCCAAGGAAACAUUGGAUCAAUUAAAACAACAGCUGGAGUUGGAAUGUGAGCAGGACAGUGAGAAGGAGGGACAGAAGAAGGCUUUGUGCGACCAAUCAACAGCCGUAGACAAGGAGCUUGACGCUCGGGUCAAAGUUCACCAGGAGAGAAUGCGGCGCAUGAAGACUGCUUAUGCCAUGUCUUUAGAAAAGCUGGAAGCUUAUCACAACAAGUUGGCCACAUGCUGGGAAAAUGCGAAUGCUAGUGAUUGAUGGACCUGGUACAUACAUGCACCUGUACAUGGAGCUCAUUUCUGUUUCAGCUUGCUAUUGGAACAGACUACAAUACAUGUUUAUCUGUCUCUUCCUGCUCUAAGAAUACCUACAAUCUUUUCAAGACAGUCCAUUUUCAGCGAUAUAUUUUAUGACUCGCUUACUGUUCUUAUUGCCCAUGUGCCCUGCCUCAGUGGUGGUGACGAGACAUCUUCGAUGAAAGAUUUUGUCAGUGUAGCAAUAUCAUUUUGCUGUGUUACCAUUGUUCUUCAGGGAUGAACCAAAACGCUGAGAGUUGACAGCACAGCAUCACAAAAGGUAUAGUGCACAAAACGACAUGGUGUGUAAAGGGAUUCAGUGGCAACUGUGUAAUAAAUGUCAUUUUUUAAAAAAUGUAUAUGUAUGCAAAAGCCAUACCAUAUUCAAUAUUCCUUUUUGGAAAGAAAGUGACUCCUGCCAUAACUGUUGCAUAUACUUUGAUCACAUAACAUUAUCAGAUUCCCCAUUACUUUUUGUUGAAGCAUUUAAUGUAGUCAUAAACCAUUCAAACCCAAGGACACGUAUUUUCAUACAGAGGUUUCAUUAACAUCAGCUCAGUGAUGCCUGAUAUUUACUUUGGCACCGGCUCUCAUGUGUCAUUUGUCUUUUUGUUAUGACUUAUGAUUAAACGGUGUGUAAUUGCUC